AUGGAUAAUAGAGCAUCUCAUCAUAUUACAUGUAAUAAGGAGAUCCUAUCCAAUUUAGAGAAUAUUAAUCAGCAAGGCAAUCAUAAAGUGCAGGUCCCAACAGGUAGCAAAUGUUCAGUAACACAUAAAGGAAAUGCAUCUAUCCUAGGAGGAUGUGAAUUGAAGGAUGUUUUAUAUGUUCCUGAUUUUAAGUUUAACCUGUUGUUAGUCUCCAAAUUAACCAAGGAAUUGUGGUGUUGUGCCCUAUUCUUCCCUGAUUUUUGUGUAUUGAAGGGUCUUUACAAUGGGAAGGUGAUGGGGAUUGGUAGAGAGAAUUGUGGACUUUACAUACUGAAGUGGAAAGAGAAACCUAUAGAAGCAAUGGUUACCAAAGGAAAUGAUGAAAGCAGUCUUUGGCAUAUGAGGUUAGGGCAUCCAUCAAUAAUGGCAAUGAAACAUAUUCCUGCCUUGAAGAAUAAAGCAGUAGAUAGUAUACAGUGCAAUUGUGAAGUGUGUCCCUUAGCUAAGCAAAGCAGAUUGAAGUUUCCUCUUAGCAGAAGUAAAACUGAUUGUCUUUUCCAUCUUAUUCAUCUUGAUGUUUGGGGACCUCACAAAUUGCCUACAUAUGAUAGAAAACAUGAUUUUCUUACAAUUGUGGAUGAUUUUAGUAGGUAUACUUGGGUGUGCUUAUUGCAAUCAAAGUCUGAAGUUGUAACAGUGCUGAAAGAUUUUCUUACAAUGGUAAAGACCCAAUUUGACAUGAAUGUAAAGGUGUUAAGAUCUGAUAAUGGGAAGGAGUUUUCUAAUUCUAGCUGUAAUGAGUUAUUAGCAUCUUUAGGUAUUGGAAAGUCUCCUUAUGAGAUUUUGUAUAACAAACUACCUGUUAUUGAUCACUUGAAAAUAUUUGGAUGUUUAUGCUUUGCUAGCAAUUUGCCAAAGGGAGACAAGUUUGCAAAGAGGGCAAGGAAAUCAGUCCUCAUAGGAUACUCAGAAGUUCAGAAAGGAUAUAGAUUGUUUGACUUGGAAACUAACUCUAUUUUUAUAAGCAGAGAUGUUAGUUUUAGAGAACAUAUUUUUCCUUUCAGAGAAGAUACAACUACUAUGGACGACUGUUUUCCUACCCAAACAACUGUACCUGAUUACUCAUCAUCAGUUUCAACUACUGAUGCACAAGAAUCAUACCCCACUAUUGCCACAGAUGUCCCUAUUACACCCACAGACAAUGAUCUAGUCACAGGAGAUGUCACUAUACCAGUUGCAGAAAUACUGGAUACUGAUUCUACAACUCCAAAUACAGAAGAAGUUGAAGGUGAACAUGAAAUGCAAGAUAUUUCAGCUGAAUUGCUCCCAACCAAUGUACCAGAGAUUGCUAUUGCUCCUCAUACAAGCAGAAUGGAGCCUGUUAAGGAUCAAGGUCCUAGGAAGACAACAAGGACAUCAAAGCCUCCAGUUUGGCUAAAGGACUAUCAGACUACCAAGAAGUUCACUGGUUGCUGUCUAUACCUCUUAUCUAAUACUUUGACUUAUGCUAAUAUCUCAACAGGUUAUCAAGCAUAUUUGGAGGCUUUUUCAGCUGAGGUGUAA